AUGUUUUCAAAAAGCAAGGAUAACAAGGAAGAUUAUAAGGCCGUCAAGUGUAAGGUAGAACCAUCUAACUUGGCCUUGUUGUCUCCCCUAGUUUUAGGAGGUGCCAUAUUGAAUGAACAAUAUACCGAUGAGCCAGAAUCUAUACCAUUGGAGGACAUGAUCAGAUACGCAUUCUCGCAUGGUAUAAAUGCAAUUGACACUUCCCCAUAUUACGGACCUAGUGAGGUCCUUUAUGGUAAGGCAUUGACCAGUCUAAAAAAUGAAUUUCCUAGAAGUACCUAUUUCAUAUGUACCAAAGUCGGGCGCAUUAGUGCCGAUGAAUUCAAUUAUUCCAAAGAGUUUGUAAGAUUUAGUGUUCUCAGAUCGUGUAAAAGGUUAGACACUGCGUACCUUGAUCUCGUUUACUUGCACGAUGUGGAAUUUGUUUCAUUGCCACACAUUUUAGAGGCACUCAAGGAAUUGAGGAUCUUAAAAAAUGAAGGAAUCAUCAAAAAUAUUGGCGUAUCGGGUUAUCCAAUCGAUUUCAUCACUUGGCUAGCUGAACAUUGUUCUAUCAAGGAAACCGAUGUCGGCUCAUUGGACGCAGUACUAUCGUACUGUAACUUGAAUUUACAAAAUAACAAACUCCUGGACUUUCGAGAAAGACUAUUGUGUAACGCUAAACUGAAGAUGAUUUGCAAUGCAUCCAUAUUGAGCAUGUCGCUUCUAAGGUCGCAGGAAACAAGGAAGUUUCAUCCAUGUUCCCACGAAUUGAGGGAAUGUGCAUCCAAGGCUGCCAAAUAUUGCCAAGAACAAAAUGUCGAUCUAGCAGACUUAGCGACCAGAUAUGCGGUUUCAGAAUGGAUGGGAAAAGGCCCAGUCGUUCUUGGAGUGAGUAGCAUGAAAGAAUUAAAACUUGCUCUGGACAACUACAAAAAUGUGGAAUCAAACGGCAACAAAUUGUCUCCCAGGGACAAAAAACUAGUGGAUUUUAUCCAGAAGAAUAUUUUCAAAGGUCAUUUUAAUGAAGUAUGGUCGUCCGGAAUCCCUCAUCCAGAAAUUAUCAAAUCUUCCUGA